AUGAUUGUCAAUAUGCCCGUCAGUGGCACGGGUGGCGAUGGAGCUGGCGGCGGCUCCAACAACAGCACGACGCCACAAGGACAAUGUGAUUAUAACUUUUUGAAGCGCAAAUACGAGGCCGAACAGCAACAACACCAGCAACGAGCGAUUCACGCGCUACCGCUGCCGAGCUACACCGGGCAGGAGUCCAAUCCCUGGAAGAAACGGCAUGUGGAGACUCGCGACAGCUACGCACCCUUGUUGGACUACGAGGGCAGCCGAAGUGGUCAUGGCCAGGAACCGUCUCUGGACGUCAGCAGCGCCGACAUGUCCUUCCAACUGCAGCUGGACCCAAGCGCCGCCACCGUUAGUCAAUCGACUGCGAUCGGCACUGCUGUCUCCUCCGCCUCCUCGUCCGCCUCGUCGUGCACGGCUGCCUUCAUCAACGAUCUGUUCGCCUACGAUGCCAGCCUGUUGGUCCCAGUGGGCGCGGCCUGCAGCCCCACAGCCGCCUACUGCGGGGCCAGUACGCUGUCGACCUUCAGUGCGCCCACCAUCAGCGUGUGUGCCACAGGCGGAGGUUCCAACGCCGCCAAUGCUGUGGCCAGCUUCGAUGCCGACGCCAGCUGGCAGGCCACCGAUCUCCUGGAGCUGGACCAUCGCUACAAUUCGGGCCUACAAGCGGAACUGGGCCAGCUUAAUGCCACGCUGCCGGGCGUCUCGUCCAUGCAAGCAACGCCGUCGGCUGCCCAGCACCAACAGCAGCAACAGCAGCAACAGCACCAACAACACUCAUCGUCCAACAGUUUCCUAGUUCCUCAGAAGCAGUCCAGCCAGGGCAAUCGGUCCAUGCAGCUGCCCAACGGCAAUGCCGGCCUCAAGAUGCGCUCCCCGUCGAGCGAGUCGGAAGCGGAUUUCGAGGACAAGAAUCUCUCCUGGCUGCUGAACUUCAAGUUCGAUGAGUUCCCACACCUGUCGCCCGAUGUGGGCGCCAAUGCUCGGUUGGCUCAGACCCCUGCUGGCUUAACUGGCAGCCUAAUGGAUGCUGCCGCGCCCACAGCGGCCGGCACAUCGCCACCAUCAGUCUACAACAACAAAUCAAACUCAGCCUCGCCCGCGUCCAAUUCGAAUCAUUCCCACAAUUCGAGCUCCUCGACCCUGGCGCUGGACCAGCGGACAACAACGACCACCACAAAGACGGGUCGCAAGUUCGAGGAGCUGGUCAUGGAGGUCACCUCCGAGUUGGACGGCAACGACAUGAUUGUUGCCGAGCAUGUGGUUGUCGAGGAUACAGCAUCCAAAGCGCCAAAGAAACCACCGUUUACAUAUACGGAGCUCAUCGAAUACGCCCUCGAGGAUAAGGGUGAACUGACGGUCUCGGGCAUAUACCAAUGGAUAUCUGAUCGCUUUCCCUACUAUAAGUCGAACGACGAUCGCUGGAAGAAUUCGGUGAGGCACAAUCUCUCUAUCAAUCCGCACUUUCGCAAAGGUGUCAAAGCGCCACAAGGCGCAGGUCAUUUGUGGGCCAUAUCUAGUGGCGAUUCGGCGGAGAAUGUGCUGGCGUGGGAGCAUAAAAAGCAACGUCUGGAUUUGUUUUUCAAAAUGGAGUCAAUCAAUCGGGAACGCAUUCAGCAACAUCAGCAGCACAUUCAACAGCAACAGCAGCUGCAGCAACAACAACAGCAAUGCUGCAGCUCGCCGCAACAGACUUGCCAACAUCAGCAACGGGCCCAUCAGCACCAACAUCUGCACCACCAGCCAUCGCCACAGUCACAUCAGCGUCCGGACCAAUGCCUCUACGAUGAAGCGGCCGUUGCUGCGGCUGCAAUCACCCAGGAGAUGCUACAGCAUGGUAGCAAUGCCUCCAAUGAUCCGAUGACUCCCCACAGCUGCCACAACCAGACUCACGCUGAAACAACAGUAGCAACAACGCCUGCUACACACCCCCACCCGCAAUCGCACACGCAUCACCAUCAAAGACUGUUGCCCUUCAACGACCUACUCAGCGACGAGGAGCUGCGCAAGACUGCGGGCCAAAUACUCAAUGGCAUACAUCGUGAAGUCGAGGUUCAAUCGGUCAACUCCAUUAUCAGCACCUAUCAUGAUGUGCUGCUCGAUAAUGACUAUCUAAAUCCCAUACACAAGGAUGUUGUAGUCACCGAGAGCGGCUUGCGGCAGCAUCACAGCAGCAGCAAUGGCAGCGGUGGCGGCGGCGGCGGCGGCGGCGUCCUCGGCACAGGACUCACCCAUUCCCAAUAUUAUAUCACCGAAAUCGAUCCUAUGGAGCUGGGCAUACAAAUGUCGCAUCAGGUGGAGCCCUCCGAGGAAGAGGUCCUCUUCAGCGAUGAGUUUAAUCUGAACUAUUUUGGCUAUAAUCCGGGCAGCGACAUUGUCGCUUGA